CCGCUCUCCAAUUGCGAGCGAUGCGACAAGCCAUUGCCGCCAUUAUUAUUUAUUUAUAUGAAGGUGGGAAACUGGUUGGUACGUACUCAUCUCCUGCUGUGACGAGACGUACAUAUAAUCCUGGCGGCGCGUGCAUAUCAUGAAACUACGAAAGCUAGCCUCGGGAAUCGUCAUGGAGGAAUAUGGAUAAAUCAUGCCAAAUGUCUCCAUUUCGUCUCCCUGGGCUGCGUUCAUGCGUCGAGCACUCGAUAUUGAAGCUGGUCUUCUUGUUCAUCUACGAUGGUUUCCUUAGCAUGCAGUUUACUCUGUACUGCCCUUUCUCUCUCUUUUCUUACUGCAUUUGUCGCAUCACUUGCUCUCGUCGAUCACAAAACCCCAGGUUCUUUUGGAGACCGCCUGUUGCUUGGUUCUUCCAGCUCGAGCAAAGCAUCUACCAACUUUACGGCUCAAUUAUCUGGUCAAAAUGCCUCUACGGAUGCAAUUUUACAAGGAUGGGUCUCAGGCUCUGAGGGCCGGGGGACACUCGACAUUAUUUGGAGCUGCCUAAUUACUAUAUUCCUCUGCAGCUGGACUGUACUCUGCCUCAAUGUACCACCUUCUCGUUGGAACAACGCAAGGCUGCAGUGGCAGAAAUUUCUCAUGAUGGGCUUAGGAGUACUUGGCCCCGAAUUUAUAUUUCAGCUUGCUAUAGCACAAUGGACAUCAGCAUGCCGCUCUGUCAAAGCAUUCCAUAGCUUAGGCCACGACAAAUGGUCUAUGACUCAUGCUUUCUUUGCAGAUAUGGGUGGAUUUGCGUUCCAUACAGAAGACGGGGUCCUAUUCCCUUUAUACUCUGAGCAAGUUUUGUUUCUCGUAAAGCAAGGCUAUGUGGACGCUUCUGAUGUGAUCGUUGAUAAGAGCGUUAUCCAGGACAAGAACAAAGGCGACGGGAUGGCUAGAUUUCUAACUAUCUUCCAAAUUCUUUGGUUCUCCAUCAAUUCUAUUGGCCGUGUUAUUCAGCAUCUUGCCAUCACCACUCUCGAGCUUACUACACUUGGAUUUAUCGUCUGUACGCUCGGAACUUACUUUUUUUGGGCCCACAAACCAAUGGACGUUAGCACAGCAAUUACGCUUGUUCCUAAUAUAUCACUAGACGAGAUUAUCCAAAGGGCAGGCCUCAAUUCACAGACCAGUUAUAAGCGAACACCUCUUGAUUUCGUCGGCCGCAAUGAAUGGACCUCCUGGAUGCUCUAUUACACCUACUGGAUGAACAUCCUUCGCAAGUUAGGAAUUGUGUUUCAUCCCAAUAGGCGGCCCAUCGAGAAGAUUUCUGACGAUUACACGCCUGCUCUUUCUUCUUCGAGUUUAUUUAUACUUUUUGUUUUCCAUACGAGUUACGCAGCGGUGCAUAUUUCGGGUUGGAACUUCCACUUUCCAUCGCAGAUUGAGGCCACGAUAUGGCAUGUCGCAACAAUCACGGUUAUGUUGGCAAUUUGCGGCUGCUGGGCUGUAGAUAUGUGGACAUGGCAGUUGUGGCCUUCGAUAAAACAUCUUCUUUCCAAGCCGUGGGGAGCUGCAGAUAUAAUCCCACUAUGCUCAAGGGGUAAGGAGCCCACUGUAUAUGAAGAAACUGCACAAUCAUCAUCAGUGCGAAGGAUAUUAAGUACAUCACUAGCACGCCACACGAUCUGGAUCCGCUCUUGUCUCUCUUACCCUCAAACUAUCAUCCAAACGGCCGCAUCGCACCUCCGAAAUAAUUCCCUGGACCGCGACCCGGAUCUGACCGUUCCAUUGAAAGCAAUCCUCCCAAUAACGCUCUUUGCCGCGAGCUACACGAUCGCGCGUGCAUAUAUCCUCAUUGAAGACUUGGUCAAUUUAAGAUCUCAGCCUGCAAGCACCUUUAAAACUGUUAACUGGUCAGAUUUCCUCCCUCAUUUUUGA